AUGGAUCGACGUAUUUUAUGCGAUAGUUUAAUUAAAUGGAUGAAAACAUUUGAUCUAAAUCGACCAAUAAAUGGUGUUGGUGAUCUAUCCGAUGGUGUUCUUAUUGCUAUGUGUUUAAAAAAUAUUGAUGCAAAUCAUUUUAAUGAUAUUUGGUUACAAAAAAUUCGAACUGAUGCUGGUGAUAAUUAUCGAAUAAAAGCAAAUAAUCUUAAAAAAAUUCUCAAGAAUAUAACCGAUUAUUAUUCUGAAAUACUUGGUCAAUCUCUUGUUGAUUUUCAAAUGCCUGAUGUUAAUAUGAUAUCUGAAACUACUGAUGAAACAGAACUUAGUCGAUUAUUACAACUUGUUCUUGGUUGUGCUGUUAGUUGUGAUAGAAAACAAUUUUAUAUUGAACAUAUUAUGUUAUUAGAAGAAUCUGUUCAACAUGUUUUAAUGAAUGCUAUUCAAGAGUUAAUGGUAAAAGAAAUUCGAAAAAAUAAUGAAGAAUAUUCUGAAUUAGGUGAUCAAUUAAAACAUGCGUUAGAAGAACUUAAUCGUGUUGUUGAAGCUAAAGAAGAAAUUGAACAUCGUUGUCGUGAACUUGAUUUACAAAUAUCAACACUUCAAGAUGAUAAAUUUGGUUUAAUACAAGAAACAACACGUUUAAAUGAACGUUUACAACAAUAUGAAAAUGCUGAAGAUGCCGAAUCAAUUCCAAGAAGUCGUUAUAAAAGUUUACAAGAACGAAUUCAAUCUCAACAAGAAGAAGUAUUUAAACUUGAAACAACUUUACAGGAUUAUCGAGCAAAACUUGAUGUAUUUCGUGAAGAUAAUGAAAAUCUUCUUAAACGAAAUGAUGAUUUAAUGGUACUUGCUGGUGAUGCACGAAAUUUUAAAGAUGAAUUAGAUAUAUUAAGAAAUAAAUGUGAAAAAAUGACUAAAUUAGAAUCAACUAUUGAUGCAUAUAAAAUAAAAUUAGAAGAAAUGUCUGAUCUUCGACAACAAAUGAAAUAUUUAGAAGAAACAAAUUUACGUUUAUUUGAUGAAAAAGCUAAUUUAGAACAAGAAUAUAAACAAGCAAAAUUAUUACAAACACAAGUUGAAUUUCAUAAACGAACAAAUCAAGAAUUAUAUCAAAAAAUAAGUGAAUUACAACGUGUUACUGAUAAAGCUGAAUUUGAAAAAAAUCGAGCUGAAGAACGUUUAAAUGCAAUUAAUGCAGAAAAAAAUAAUUUAACAAAUCAAAUUGAAUUAUUAAGAGAUACAAAUGAAAAACUUAGUGGUGUUAAUUUAGAUGAAGCUGAUAGAGCGACUAAUUCAAACGAUCAAUUAACUGGAUCAUUAGAAGAUCUUAAUUUUCUUAAUUUACCAGUUGAUGUCAGAGAACGUUUUAUUCGUCUACAACAUGAAAAUAAAAUGCUCAAAUUACGUCAAACUGAAGAGACGAAUAAUGAACAAAUAUUAAUUCUUCAAGCAAGUUUUGAACAACUUAAGGAUCAAAAUAAUCAAUUAACUAAUGAUCUUUGGAUGUCAAAUCGAAAAAUUCUUGAAUUAGAAGCAACACUUAAAGAUACAACAUCUUUAGCUGAAAAUAGUACGGAAAUAACUGAUCUUAAAAAAUCACUUAAUCGAGCAAUGACACGUCAUGAAGAAGAAUCAACACGUACAAAAAAUCAAAUAGAUGAAUUACAAAAACGUUUAGAUAAUGCUGAAAAAAAACUUACUGAAAAAGAUGUAACUAUAGCAACAAAAACAGCUGAAAUAAAUGCUAUGGAAGAACGUUAUGUACAAUAUUUAGAAAAAGCUAAAAUGGUUUUACGUCAAAUGGAUCCACGUAAUAGUAAUUCAAUAAGUCAUCAAGAAAUUCAAUUAUUAAAAAAACAAAUCGAUGAAAAAGAUCGACGAAUUAAAGAACUUGAAAACGAUUAUGAAAAAAUGAAAGCGAUAAGAGAAGAUCAAGAAAAAUUAUUAAUUAGUGCUUGGUAUUCAUUGGGUAGUACAUUUCAACGACGUGAAUUUGAAGAACGAUUAAAAUCACAUGAAAAUCAAUCAUUUCUUGCUAAACAACGUACUAUUCCAGCAACACGUAAACAAUUACCAACUGAUCCGUCCAAUACAUCAACUAAUGGAAUAAAUAAAACUUCAAAACGAUAG